AUGACGUGGUCUUAUUGGCCCAUCUCUUUAUUUUGGAAAACAUUUGGCGUAUUUCCAGUUAGCUUGAACGACCAUAGAACCCCAGUAUUAUUCACCAUAUGUCUAAUAAUUUCGUCGAUUUACGUGUUGUAUUACACGCCGUUAGUGUGCAAAGUCGGAAUUCAGUGCACAAACGAAAUGGUGAAAAUCUUAAAAGAAAUAUUCCCCGGGAUAAUAAAUGUUACGACGAUGGUAUCGAGAAUCGCGUUGCUAUGUACGGUCAAACUUAUAUUUCGGAAAUACAAAGAAACGCUGGAAUGCUACGAGCUAUACUCGCCGACAACGCCGACGGAGGUCAAGUGUUACAAAAUGUUUACGUUUGCGACCGUGUCCGUGUGUCUCCUUCUCAUUAUACCGAUAAACAUUAUACGGUUACACAUAUUGUCGGGCCUCGAGGAAGUAGACGGUUUUGAGAUCACACUGUACAUAUUAAGUUACGUUCAAAACCUGACCAUGUGCUGUUCGGAAACGCAAUUCACGGCACAGUGUUUCAUGCUGCACCGGAAGCUGAAGAAAAUCAAUGACGAGAUAAUCGGACUGAAGGGAUCGCUAAUAGAUUUUUCACGUUAUUUACAUCAGCCGUUACAAACAGAGCGGUCGACCUGCCGCAGCGGCGAGCAAAGCGACCGCGGUUUGUUUGACGUCUCGCCACGGCACGUGUCGGGGACCACAGCGGACGCAAUCGAAACGUUGAGGAUCAGACACUGGCUGCUCCGUGAGGCUAUUGGAUAUCUGAACGACCUGUUCAGCGUACAACUGUGCAUGUCCGCGUGCGCCCUAUCAACAAUGAUAUUUUUCGACAUCUACUACGAAAUGUGUCACGUGAUGGGCGAGUUUUCGCUGUCGAACCUGGUUAUAUACAACUGGUUGCUGCAGUACGGGAUCCGGUAUGCGGGCAUCAUUCUAAUAUCGCAUUUUACGACAAAACAAGUAGAUAUUACAUUUACCUGGUAAUAAUUUUAUGUAUAACAGCUUUUUGGUUUUGGUAUACCUAUAGGUUCUAAAGUCUAGAGAGCCUAUAUAUUAUAUAAUAAUUAGUAAGAGAAAGUGGUUAAUUAAUAAUUAAUAUUUAGGGGACGGUUUUCUAUUGGUUAUACCUUUCAUAUUAGGUGACGCGAUUUUGCGUUGAAUCGGUAAAUUGCGUUCCCGAAAAAAGUUCAUGGUCAUAUAUACUAUGUAAGUUGCGGUCUGGGUAUCUUUUAUAUAUACGUAAAUUGCGAUCCAGGUAUAUUUUAUACAUACGUACCUAAAUUGCUGCUAAGGUAUAUUUUAUAUAAUAUAUGCCUAAAUAUUUGUUAUUGAUAUGUAAAUUAAGUCUAAGGUUUUUUUUCCUAAAUCAAUAUUUUCCUUCCCAUUUUACAGAAUUUAGGACUGGCAAUAUAAUUGUAUUAAUACGUAUGUAAUGCAUACAUGUAUUAUUGUAUGUGUGUAAUUACAAUUUUAUGGUUAAAAAUAUUGGUUUCGAUUUUUUUUUGUGUCUUUAAAAAUGUAUUAUUAACAAUUAAUAACAUUAUGUAUUAGGUGAAAAUGUGUGUAAUUAAUUCGUUUUUCAUAACGUUCAUUUUUAUUAAAUUGAACAAAAUACACACAAAGCUACGAUCAAAUGCGCACUGGCUGCUAGUAAUAUUGCAUUAGUGAACAUAUUAUUAUCUACAUUACAGAUUAUAAUUAAACUUUAAAUUGUACAGCUGAUAGAAAAUCGGAAUAUCCGGGCUACAAUUUAUGUACAUUUCAAAAAUACUAGUCGACUGUACAAUUUAAAGAUUACGUAUAGUAAUAUUCUACGAUAAAGAUAAUAUUACUUAUUUCACUAAUAAAAGUUUUUACGUUUUUACGUUGUUCUGUGCGUAUUUUAGAUUCCAAGUUAAGCGAAGAACCUUAUAGUUUUACAAAGAUGUUUAUUUUUUUUUUAUCUGUGUGUAACUUUUCUACUAGAACAAUUGCUCGGAUUUCUAUGUGUAGCACGUUUUUUGAAAGGAAAUUGGCGUGGGGAGGUUCUUAAAGUAGACCAUUUUUCGAUUUUCCCAAGAAUUUUCCCAGCAAAUGUGAAAAAUCGGGAUAAAACAUGGGAAAACCGGGAAAAACUGGAAAAAUCGUGAAACGUGAAACAAAUAUUAUUAAAGAAAAUAUAUAAAGCCUAUUUAAUUAUUUUACUAUAAAAUGACAUAUUUAUUGGCUAUACAGGUAUACAUUAAAUUAUAUAUAACAGUGGUUGCACCCGUCCCAAUUAUUCUAAAACGUCUUUUUUUUUUUAAAUUAAAGCUUAUAUAUUAUUUAGGCAUACACACAAAAUUUAAAAUAAGACGCAAUUUACAGAGACCCAUUUUGUGACUUUUUUAAUGCACUAUAAAAUAAGUGUAUCACGUAAAUGCUAGGUAUGUACAACCGAUGCUAUUAGUUCACUUAGUACCCACUACAAAGUAUAUUGCAUACUGUAGACGUACGUAAAACGGUGCGUCCCUUAAACGGGACCGGAUUACAUUAUUAAAAGCACAGUAAACAUCGUUUAUGGCCCAAAAAUGGAUGAAAUGUUAACAAAAAUAUAUAAUAUUUUACGUUAUGGCCGUUUGUUAAUCGGCACAUCUAGUUUAUCAUCUGUUCGUAUUAAAGUUACAAUGCGAUCUUUGUAAGUAAUCUAUUUCAGAUUUCUAUUUUUGAUUUAAUUUUUUCAAUUCCACAUGAGUAUUAAUUAUUAAUAAUUAUUAUGAUUAGUAAAACUUAUGAUUCAGAAUGUUUUUAAAUUUGUAUCCUCCCCUUCUCUAUCAGUAGAGCUACCACAACUUGUGCACUAUUAUUCACUUUAUUCACUUUUUUAUGAAUUCUUCACUAUUUGACAGUAUUUUAGCAAAGUGUUCAUAUAUUAUACGCAAAAAAUAAUUACCUCCCAAACAUUUUAUUAUAUAACUAUUAAAAUUAUAAAGACUUAACAUUUUUAUAUAUUUUUGUUGUUUUUCCUAGAAAGGAGGAAAAAAUUUAUUCAAUUUUUCUCUGAUCAUUCGAACAUAUAAAAUCGCAAUUUGUUAUUUUAAUUAUAUCGUUCAUGAACAAAAUAUCUUCCUGCUUUGUUUUUAAUUUAUAUCACAGUUUUGAAUAUUUAACAUACCUGAUAUCUAUGAUAAUAUACAAUUUAACAUGUUUUUUAAUAAUUAUUAUCACAAAAUAUCAAAAUGGCAAAUGCUUAUUUUAUUGUUAUUAUAUUCAAUUCAUAUUUUUAUUUUAUAACAUCGUUUAACUGUGUUAAAAGUAAUUUUAAGUGAUAAUUUUUGUCACAGACUAGCCUUUUUUUAAAUAUUUAUUUUAAAUGACUAAUCGUAAAAUUAGAAGAGAUGGGAUAUUGUACACUCAAGGAACAUAAUUUUGUAGUGUUAUUAACACUUUCACUGUGCUAUUUUAUAUUUAAAAAAAAAAAUGUAAUAUGAUAUAUUAAAAUGAAAAAUUUAAGAACAAAUAAUUUUAAUUUUAGAAUAUAAAUCAUUAUUUCAAAAAAAUAUAAUGUUCACUAUUUAUUAAUUUUUUAAAUAAUCUUCAUUAUUUAGUCACUUUUUUAAACAAUUUCUUCAGUAUAAUCAUUUUUUAGAGCCUUAUACUUGAGUGGCAGCCCUGAUUUCUUUCAACAGGAUAAAUUUCUGGUGUACCUAUAAAAUAUAGAUACACCGCAAAUAUCCUAAUAAUAAGACGUAAUAUAUUGUUAUUUUAAUAUUUUUUGUAUACAUUAUUAUAGAUACACCUAGUGACGUAUUUUUAACAUUUUUAGCGAGUAUACUCUUGAGACGAAAAAAUAAGAAGUAAGAAUGCGCCGCAUAAUCACGCAUACGCUCCACUACACCAUUGGACCCAUACGACUUAUUUGCUUACAGUCCACAAAGUUCUUAAUCCAGCACUGCCCAUGAAAUGCUGCAGGCAAGAACAGUCGACAACUAUUUUAUAACAUAUAGGCUCUCUAAGUGUACCGUUUUGACUGCUGUGUUAAGUCUACACCUGAACAGUGGUGGAUGGGGUAUUUUGGGUGUCUGGAAAACCCCAACAUCUAUGUUCAAAUUGUAUAAAUGUCUUAAAAGAUGUGUUUUUUUUCAUGUAUAACAUACAUAUAAUACCCCUCUUCAAAAAAUCUUGGUUGCACCACUGUACCUGAAAAUGGAUUUGGUUCUGUAAAAUUCCAUUAAGAUACUAAAAGAUUAAGUAAAAUAAUAAUUUUUUCUACAUAUUUACAUAAGUUUUAUAUAAUUGCACCAUUAGCCGAUAGUGUCAUAAGAUCAAGACGUAACUAGUGGAACAUCAUUUGUGUAACAUUAGUUGGGUACAUUAUAGUUAAAGAAAAAUUUGUUAGAUACACUUAGGAUAUUAAAAAAAAACUACUAAUAUAAUACUAGUUAUUUACUUUCCUUACCUAGUACAAUGGUAUACCAAUUUACGAUGAUGCUAUUAUUAUACAUGUAUAUUAAAUUUCUUUUAUUAUUAUUAAUUUUUUACUUUAAAAUAUUAUAUUAAUACGAAAAUUUGUAUACGUUUUUCAGGCACUUUAUACUAAAACAAUUAUAGCAAACUUAAAAAGUAAUUAUUUGGAUUGUAAUAUUAAUGAAGAGGUAAAUAAUAGACGUCACCUAUACAUUAUUUUAUUAUCUAUAUAAUAUCUGUAUAAAUUCGUCUUGAUAAAAUAUUAAACCUAUGUAGUUAAAUCCUAAAUGGCUAAAUACCUUGAAUACUUUAAUACAAUACCUACCUAAACUGUAAAUUGUAAUAUUAUAGAUAUUAAUUUAUUUACUUUUGAUUAUAUAUAAAUUAUUUUAAUAUUAUUCAUUCAAUAUUUGAUUUAUUUAUAAUGAUGUAUUUAAUAUUACAUUUUAAAAUGGUAAAAUUAAUUUGUUUACAGCUUCACUUAUUUUUGGACCAAAUAUCCCAGAGUUCUGUCGAAUUCACGGCAUGUGAUAUUUUAACAUUAAAUAUACGUCUUAUUACUUCAGUAAGUUUAAUUUUAAAAUAAUAUUAUGUGAUUUUAAUAGGCCUGAGCCUAUCAAUAUG